AGUGCUUUGAAUUUUUCAAUGAUGGUGGGUCAAGGCGAGCCAAAAGUUCCUUUCAUGAUCUAAUAUUUCCAAGUAACACAAAUGGAGACCCCCUUAUGUUCAUAUUAUUUGAGUUCAUAAGAUCAAAAACGGAAGUGGUGUUAGGACAUAAUUGAAAUAAUCUAUCAUUAUAUGCUUUUACCUAAACAACCAUGUUUCUAUUUCCUCAACUCUUAAUUCUAUUCUGCUGUUUCUUUGUAGCGCUUUUCAUGGCCAAGUUUUCCCAUGGCCACACCACACUAGCAAAUGAUGUUCUUGCUCAAGGCCAACACCUAUCAAUUGGUUCUCAAUUAAUUUCAUCCACCGCCACUUUUAUUCUAGCAUUUUACAUUCCUCCAAGUUCUAAUUCCAUUUAUUUGGGAAUUUCCGACAACACAAAUGACCAGAAACCAAUCUGGAUAGCCAAUCGAAACUCCCCAUUUCCCAACAAUUCUGCUUCGAUCAGCCUCACAAUUGACGUCAACGGCAGCUUGAAAAUCCAAAGUGGGAAUUGUUCCUUUUCACUUUUCAAUGGCGGACAACCGACCACCAGCAGCGCCAUAUUACAAGACAACGGCAACUUUGUACUACGAGAGCUGAACAGAGAUGGGUCAGUAAAGCAGAUUGUGUGGCAGAGUUUUGAUCAUCCAACAGAUACUCUGCUUCCCGGAAUGAAAAUUGGGAUCAAUCACAAAACUAACUCCACUUGGUCAUUAAUAUCAUGGCGAAACUAUAAAUCUCCGAAGCCGGGAGGUUUGAGUCUGGGAAUGAAUCCGAACAAUACAUAUGAGUUAGUGGUUUGUGUCCGAGGAGAACUGCUUUGGAGGACUGGGAAUUGGAAAGAGGGUUCGUUCGAAUUCUUGGAAAAAGAUAAAGGAUUCAAUUUCGUUCGAGUUUCGAAUGAGAACGAAACGUAUUUCAUUUACUACGCCCGGGAACCCAAUGGAUAUUCUCUGUAUAGAAAUUCAUAUUAUCACGGAGAGUCAGGGGAACUUAUUUUAUCCCAAAUCAGAUUAGAAAAUAAUGGGAAUGUUAGAAUCAACAAUGAAAUAUAUGACUCUCCCUGCCUCUUGACUUCGAAUGAGAUCCGUGGUGCUUGUGUGUGGAGAGAGCUGGACAAAAUACCGGAGUGCAGGAAUAAGUUGUCUCAUGGCUAUGGUCCGUACAUUUCGCAGAUUAAUGGUUACGAGUUGGAGAGGAUUAAUGGUUCUGAUUAUUACUACAAACUAAGUGGAAACUUAACCAUGUUUGAGUGCCGCAGUAUUUGCAUUAAUGAUUGCGAUUGCAUCGCUUUUGGGAUUCCAGCGUACGAGAGUGACUCCGGCUGUGAGUUUUGGAAGUCAGGUGCCAACUUUAUUCCAGAGAACGACAGUUUACAAAUGCUUUGGUCACUGGACACAGAUAGCGAGUUUCUAGACACAGAUCACGAGUUUUCAAACACAAAUGACGAGUCUCCAAAUGGAAAAUGGAAGGUUUGGGUUCAAAUAACUGUGGCUCUAACCAUACCUGCAACUUUUCUCCUACUCUGUUUUAUUAUAUACACCAAAUGGAGAACACAAAUAUUCAAAGCUAUCGGAAAAGUAAAGAAAGGUUUUCUUCGGGGGAUGGGGAUGAUAUCCGAAGGUUACAACAUAUUAAGAAUAAUGAUCAUACAAAUUAGAGAUGGAAAAAAGAACCCCGAAUUGCAAUUUUUUGACUUCGAAACCAUACUCUCUGCUACGAAUAAUUUUGGUGAAGAGUGUAAGCUGGGACAAGGUGGCUUCGGACCUGUUUAUAAGGGAGUUUUGACAGAUGGGCAAGAAGUAGCCAUUAAAAGACUGUCAAAGAAUUCAGGACAAGGAUUGGUUGAGUUUAAGAAUGAAACUAUUUUGAUUGCUAAACUUCAACACACUAAUUUGGUUAGGCUCAUUGGUUGCUGCCUUCAUAAAGAGGAGAAAUUGUUGGUUUAUGAGUAUAUGCCCAACAAAAGCCUCGACUUUUUCCUCUUUGAUUCGGAGAAGAAGUUAAUAUUUGAUUGGGAAAAACGUUUGCACGUUGUCCAAGGAAUAGUUCAAGGACUACUCUACCUUCACUGCUACUCAAGAGUACGAAUAAUUCAUCGAGAUUUAAAAGUUAGCAACAUUUUACUGGAUGAUGAAAUGAAUGCAAAAAUAUCGGACUUUGGUAUGGCUAGAGUCUUUAAGCCAUCUGACAACGAAGCAAACACAAGUCGAGUGGUUGGUACACAUGGGUAUAUAUCACCAGAAUAUGCAAUGGAGGGUAUUUUUUCAAUAAAGUCUGAUGUAUACAGUUUUGGAAUACUAUUGUUGGAGAUCAUAACAAGUCAAAAGAACUACCACAAUUAUGACACAGAACGACCACUUAACCUCAUAGGAUAUGCAUGGGAAUUGUGGGUGAAUGGGAGAGGAGAAGAGCUGAUUGACUUGGGUUUAUGCAAUUCUGAUGAUCAAAAAGCAAAGGCCCUAAGGUGCAUUCAUGUUAGUCUUCUAUGUGUUCAACAAAUCCCAGGGAAUAGGCCGACGAUGUUGGAUAUUUAUUUCAUGAUCAACAAUGAUUCCGCUCAACUUCCAUCUCCCAAACAACCUGCUUUUUUUAUUGCUCAAAGCCCAAGUUCCUCCCAACGGGAAAUAGAAGAGGUGGAUAGUGAAACUCAUACGACCCAUAGAAGCAAUUUAUUCAUUGAAUUCUAUGACACUCUCAACGAUGGUUGCAAGGUGCAGCCCUGAUCGAUCAUUGUGUCUCAAAUCAACUUAAUAUUCUCACUUUAUGUCUAUCAUAAUAGUUUUAUAUGAGUGUUUUACCAUUAUUGUAUUGCAAGUAGUUGGACUAUAAUCCAUUUCUAUUUAAUUAGUAUUAUGAUAAACGUAUAUGGUAGUUAUUCAGGGUCUAUCACAGUAGACUGAUAUUUUUGUUACGUUUAAUUUGUAAGUAUUUUUAAAACUUUUGUUAUUUUAGAUCAUAUAAAUUUAAUUUGAAUUUGAGUACUAUGAUUUUACUUUACUCUUCUUCUACUGCUUGAGUUUUGCCACGGCCAGUCUUCUAUGGCGGACAUACUACAUCAAGGCCAAGAAUUAACAACUGGGUCUCAGUUAAUUCCAGCUACCGUCAUCUUUGUUCUAGGCUUUAACUAUUAUCCACCAAAUACCAAUACCAUGACGUAGGAAUCCCCAACAAAAGUUAUUCCCAGACGUUGUUGCCAUCGUUAAUCGAAACUUCCUAUUUUCCAACAAUUCCACUUCGAUCAGCCUCCCCAUCGACACCACCAGUGCGAUGUUACAAGACGACGGUGAUUUCGUAUGGCGAGAGCUGAAACCGAGAUGGAUCAGUAAAGCAAAUUCUGUGGCAGAGCUUUGAUCAUCCAACCCAUAUGCUUCUUCCCGGAAUGAAAAUUGGGAUCAAUCACAAAACUAACUCCAUUUCGUCUUUAAAAUCUUGGCGAUACGACGGAUCUCCUGACAUAGGAGAAUACACUCUUGCAAUGGAUCCAAACAAUACAAACCAGUUCUUGAUGUCAUAUCAAUCCAGCGUGUUGUGGAGCAGCCGGAAUUGGAAGAACGGCUGGUUCGAGUUGUUGAAAAACCUGUGUACAGAUCGAUCAAGUUUCGAAGGAGAAGGAGACAUAUUUCAUUUACUCUCAAUCCCCAAAAUUAAAGAAUUGAGAGAUUCCACUUCAACUUCUCUUCAAAUUAGAUAUGUCAGCUGGUUCUUUAAAUUGGGACAAUUGUAAA